UGAAAAUGAGCAGCCGACGGAAACGUGCCCCUCCAGUGAAGGUGGAUGAAGAAAAGCAGCAACAACUGUGUUGGAAUAUGCAUGAAGACAGAAGGAAUGAGCCUCUCACCGUAAGUGAUGAAGAGCAGCUCUGCCCAGGUUCAGACUCCUCUUCUCAUUGCAUCAUCCUGGAGGAUCAUCUACAGGAAGAGGUGACUCACAGAGAUAAGAAGAAGUGCACAGAGUCCGUGAGCAUUUCAAAUUCAGUUGACACAGAAGACACUGUUGGUUUUUCUCCCCCUUUGUCUCUGAAGUUAAAUGUUGUGAUAGCUCCCUAUCACCUAGAUAGUUCUUGGAAGGCAUUACUAGGAGAAUUAACUCUGCACCUUCUUCCUGAACAGAGCUUACUUGAAAAUUUUUCUGAAAGGAGUUUUACUUUAAUGAGUUCAGAGUCCAGCAAUCAGUUACUAAUUUACGUUCACUCAGAAUGUGGAGAUGUGGAAAAAGAAGAAAAAUUGCUCAACGAACCAGUCAGUAUUUGUGACAAGGGUAUUCAGGUAGAAUCAUCCUUCAGUAGUGAACUAUUAGAAGAUUUGGGGUGGCUGCAAAAGAAGAGAAGAAUAAAACUUUACCAAAAACCAGAAGGAAAUCAUGUUAUAAAGGUUGGAAUUUAUCUUUUGGAAGCUGGCCUAGCAAAGCUAGACUUUCUGAGUGAUGCAAAUUCAAGAAUGAAAAAGUUCAAUCAGCUUAUGAAGAAAGUGAUGGAAAAGUUAUACAAUUUUGUUGUUCCAGAUGUGUUGGAAGAAGAGGAGGAAGACUCAGAGAGUGAACCAGAGGGACAAGACAUUGAUGAGCUCUAUCACUUUGUGAAGGGAACACAUCAGCAAGAAACACAGUCCAUCCAGGUGGAUGUCCAGCAUCCUGCAUUGAUUCCAGUGUUGAGACCCUACCAAAGAGAUGCUGUCAAUUGGAUGCUAAGACAAGAGAAUUUCAGAAGCACCCCUACCAGUGAAAAUACUCUACACUUCUUAUGGCGAGAAAUUGUUACAUCCGAGGGCUUGAAACUCUACUAUAAUCCAUAUACAGGCUGUCUUAUCCGUGAGUACCCAAGUGCCGGGCCGCAGUUGCUUGGUGGAAUCUUAGCAGAUGAGAUGGGUCUUGGAAAGACAGUGGAGGUUUUGGCUCUGAUCCUGACUCAUACAAGACAAGAUGUCAAACAAGAUACUCUCACUCUUCCUGAGGGAAAAGUGGUGAAUUAUUUUAUUCCAUCACCUUAUUCUGGAGGAAAAGUGAAAAACUCAAAAACCCGGAAUACAGAAUUUGAGCCAAAAGUCAAAGUUCAUUGUCCCCCCACGCGUGUGAUGAUAUUGACAGCUGUGAAAGAAAUGAAUGGGAAGAAAGGAGUGUCCAUUCUUUCCAUCUAUAAGUAUGUCAGUUCUAUAUACCAGUACGAUGUUCAACGGAAUAGGAGUCUACUAAAACGGAUGCUGAAAUGUUUAAUUUUCGAAGGUCUUGUGAAACAGAUCAAAGGCCAUGGUUUUUCUGGGACUUUUACAUUGGGGAAGAAUUACAAGGAAGAAAAUAUAUGUGAUAAAACAAAAAAACAGGCAAUAAUAGGGAGUCCAAGGAAACUUCAGAGAGAAUCCAGAAAAUCAGGAAACAAGGAUACUGAUUCUGAAUACUUACCAUCCAACACCUCUGACGAUGAUGCUGACCCUUAUUAUUAUUACUAUAAGCCCAGAAAAACUCGAUGUAAGUUGAGGAAAAAGCCUGUUUCUGCCGCAAAAAUAGGAAAUAGUCAACCCAACAUCAAUCCCAACUCAGAAGGACCCUGUCCUACUGCCAGUGACUCUGGAAUUACUGAUGUCACCAUGUCUACCAGUACAUUGGUCUCUGAAGCAAAGCAAGAACCUAAUGCAGAGCACCAUGCUGAGUCUCUAGAGCUAACUGGCGGGGAUGUGCAACAUUGUAAUAGCUUGAGUCCCUCUAACUCCUCUAAUUAUCGCUUUGAGUGCAUCUGUGGUGAACUUGGCCGGAUAGACCAUAAGGCUCGUGUGCAGUGUCUGAAGUGCCAACUGUGGCAACAUGCAAAAUGUGUGAAUUAUGAAGAGAAGGAUCUGAAGAUUAAGCCUUUUUACUGUCCCCACUGCCUUGUUGCAAUGGAGCCAGUAUCAACCCGAGCAACUCUGAUCAUUUCCCCAAGUUCCAUCUGCCAUCAGUGGGUGGAUGAGAUCAACAGGCAUGUGAGGUCUUCAUCGCUGAGAGUCUUGGUGUAUCAAGGUGUGAAGAAGGAUGGCUUCUUACAGCCUCACUUUUUGGCAGAACAAGAUAUAGUUAUCAUUACCUAUGAUGUCCUUCGUUCGGAACUAAACUAUGUAGAUAUCCCACACAGCAACAGUGAGGAUGGGCGUCGCCUACGGAACCAGAAGCGCUAUAUGGCCAUCCCCAGCCCCCUAGUAGCUGUGGAGUGGUGGAGGAUCUGCCUUGAUGAAGCUCAGAUGGUUGAAUGCCCUGCUGUCAAAGCUGCAGAAAUGGCACAGCGCUUGAGUGGGAUUAAUCGUUGGUGCAUCAGUGGCACUCCAGUGCAGAGGGGAUUGGAAGAUCUUUUUGGGUUAGUGGUCUUUCUUGGUGUUGAACCUUACUGUGUCAGACACUGGUGGAUCCGACUUCUCUACCGCCCUUACUGCAAGAAGACUCCUCAGCCCCUCUACAGCUUUAUUGCCAAGAUCUUAUGGAGGUCUGCAAAGAAGGAUGUCAUUGACCAAAUCCAGAUACCUCCUCAGACAGAAGAAACUCACUGGCUGCACUUUUCUCCAGUGGAAAGGCAUUUCUAUCACCGCCAGCACGAGGUGUGCUGCCAGGACGCAGUGGCAAAGCUCAGGAAAAUUUCCGACUGGGCCCUGAAGCUCAGCAGCCUGGACAGAAGGACGGUUACCUCCAUCCUGUACCCACUGCUGAGGCUCCGGCAGGCCUGCUGCCACCCACAGGCGGUCCGGGGGGAGUUCUUGCCACUGCAAAAAAGCACCAUGACAAUGGAAGAGCUGCUGACAUCUCUGCAGAAGAAGUGUGCAACUGAGUGUGAAGAAGCACAUCGGCAACUAGUUUGUGCCCUCAACGGGUUAGCAGGCAUCCACAUCAUUAAAGGUGAAUAUGCCUCGGCAGCAGAUCUCUACCGGGAGGUGCUGCGCUCAUCUGAGGAGCACAAAGGAAAACUCAAAACGGAUUCGCUCCAAAGACUUCAUGCUACCCAUAACUUAAUGGAAUUGUUAGUAGCCAAGCACCCAGGGAUACCUCCUACCUUGCGAGAUGGCAGACUUGAGGAAGAGGCCAAACAGCUGCGCGAGCAUUACAUGAGCAAAUGUAACACAGAAGUGGCCGAAGCCCAGCAAGCUCUGCAACCUGUACAACAGACCAUACGUGAGCUCCAAAGAAAGAUUUAUUCUAAUUCUCCUUGGUGGCUUAAUGUGAUCCACCGAGCAAUAGAAUUUGCUAUUGAAGAGGAGCUUGUUCAGCGAGUGCGAAAUGAAAUAACCAGCAACUACAAGCAACAAACUGGCAAGCUUUCUAUGUCAGAGAAAUUCCAUGACUGCAGAGGUCUUCAGUUCUUACUUACAACACAAAUGGAAGAGCUAAAUAAAUUUCAGAAACUAGUAAGAGAGUCUGUGAAAAACCUGGAAGGACCUCCAUCACGUAAUGUCAUUGAGUCUGCAACAGUCUGCCACCUCCGACCCAUCAGACUUCCACUCAACUGCUGUGUCUUUUGUAAAGCUGAUGAAUUGUUCACAGAGUAUGAAUCGAAGCUAUUUUCCCAAACAGUCAAAGGCCAGACUGCAAUAUUUGAGGAGAUGAUAGAAGAUGAAGAAGGACUCGUAGAUGAUCGAGUGCCUACAACUAGCCGGGGUCUGUGGGCAACAAGUGAGACAGAGCGUUCUAUGAAAGCAAUACUGUCGUUUGCAAAAUCACAUCGAUUCGAUGUUGAAUUCAUUGAUGAAGGAAGUACUUUAAUGGAUCUCUUUGAAGCAUGGAAGAAGGAAUAUAAGUUACUUCAUGAAUAUUGGAUGACUCUGAGGAAUCGUGUAUCUGCCGUUGAUGAACUUGCAAUGGCUACGGAACGACUAAGAGUGCGCCACCCUAAGGAGCCGAAGCCCAGUCCGCCUGUUCUUCAUAUCAUUGAACCACAUGAGGUAGAACAAAAUCGUAUAAAACUGGUAAAUGAUAAAGCCGUUGCUACAUCACAACUUCAGAAAAAACUUGGGCAGCUUCUUUACCUAAAUAACUUGGAGAAGUCUCAAGACAAAACAUCAGGAGGUAUUAAUCCAGAACCUUGUCCAAUCUGUGCACGGAAGCUGGGAAAACAGUGGGCCGUGCUGACGUGUGGGCACUGUUUCUGUAACGAAUGCACCUCUAUUAUUAUUGAGCAGUACAGCGUGGGGUCUCACAGAAGCUCCAUUAAAUGUGCCAUCUGCCGGCAGACUACGUCUCACAAAGAGAUCUCAUAUGUCUUCACCUCAGAGCAAGCAAGCCAGGAAGAGGACAUCCCUGUGAAGGGCAGCCAUUCUACAAAAGUGGAAGCUGUGGUCAGAACUCUGAUGAGAAUCCAGCUCAGAGAUCCAGGGGCUAAAGCACUUGUUUUCUCAACGUGGCAAGAUGUACUGGAUAUUAUUUCAAAAGCUCUCACUGACAACAACAUGGAAUUUGCACAAAUCAGUCGUGUUAAGACAUUUCAGGAGAAUCUUUCAGCAUUUAAACAUGAUCCCCAAAUCAAUAUUUUGCUGCUGCCCCUGCACACAGGUUCUAAUGGACUAACUAUCAUUGAAGCAACUCACGUUCUUUUGGUGGAACCCAUAUUGAACCCUGCCCAUGAGCUUCAGGCCAUAGGGCGGGUGCACCGAAUCGGACAAACAAAACCUACUAUUGUGCACAGAUUCUUAAUUAAAGCAACAAUAGAAGAAAGAAUGCAAGCAAUGUUGAAAACUGCGGAGAGGAGUCACACGAGCUCAUCCGUGAAGCACUCGGAGGCCUCCGCCUUGACCGUAGCAGAUCUGGCCGACCUGUUCACCAAAGAGACUGAAGACAUGGAGUGAAGUGCACUUGAUUCAGUCCCGACUGUACUGUCUCCAUGAACUGUCACAGCUUGUAGAGCAACGUUGCAAGUAAAAUCGAAAUGCCGGUAGAUGUCAGUAAACACUGUUGUUGAUUGGAUUUGGUUCUCUUUCUGACUGUACAGUGUCCAAGUCGUUCUUGAGUUUUUUUCAAUAUAAAGUUUCCAAAAGAUCUUUAAGGUUUUCAAUUUUUCACUCUGUAAUAAAACAUUUAUUUUUGUUCCAAAGAAUAUCUAUAUCUGAUGAGGUGAAGGAAUGAAGAGAGGUAAUGUGUACCUUUUGUUUGGUAAGAUCUUUUAAAGAGUUGGAAUAGAGAGAAAGUACACUUAUCUAGUUUUAUAUGACCGGGUAUAUAGGCCCAUUUUAGGAAGGGCCUUCAUUAUCUUUAGCACAUAAGUCAUCAAUAUCUUGCAUGUGUUAAGUAGAUGAUAAAUUACAUUAACUCCGAGUUAUUCUAGUAUGUUUAGACUAUAUCU